AUGUUCGGCCCCUGGUUGUCCUUCUUUGCAUGGUUGAAACAACACACGCCGGCGUCGCUCAAGGCACUCACGCCCCAUGCCAACUUUAUCACGCUUCACUAUGCAUACAUCAUCUCAUGGACGCUCAUCGGCUCCGUCAUCAUGUAUGGCAAUGGGCGCAUCCCAUAUAUUGAUGCCCUCUUCUUUGCCAGCGGCUCAGCAACACAAAGUGGUCUAAACACAAUCGAUGUCAAUAACCUCGAUCUGUAUCAGCAGAUCACACUAUACCUCAUGACAUGUCUAUGCACGCCCAUCUUCAUCCACAGCUCCGUUGUCGUCGUCCGCCUAUACUGGUUCGAAAAGCGGUUUCAGAACAUUGUGCUGGAAAGGGGUAGCAGGAGCGGUCGAACGCGAACAUUAUCGAGGCGCAAGAGCGAGGCGAAGAAAACUAAUGGCGCGGAUCCGGGACGAGAAGAGCAAGCGGUUGGCUCACGCGAAAUCCGCGUCAUGAGAGGCUCUAAUGGACAUGCACAUGGCGGCACAAUCGAGAAUGAAAACGCGUUUAGCGAUGGACUGGAUUCUACCGGGAACGGCAUUCGUCCCAGACGGCGGUCGAGUUCGAGUGAGGAUAACAUGCCACCGUUUCGGCCACAGACUCCGCAGCAAAAUGCGCCGGCGGGCAUUGUAUGGGCGGAUAAUCUCAACACACCUGCAAACCAAAAACCAAUCAGAAGUUCGGUAGAAGAGUCUCCUGCCAGCCGGCUUCCUGAGAUUAACAAGGAAAGGAGUAUUGCUUUUGUGGAGGCUCAGCGCAAUCCGACGACACGGAACAAGUUGCGCAUUCCAGGCCCGCGCGACUUCGAUCAGGGUCUUAUUCCAGAAGCAGUCGAGGGCGAGGAAGAACUCGAUCGCGUCACAAGUAGGAUGUCACAGGAUUCUCGUGCACACUCGGCCCAGAAGAAUAAGCGCUCCAACUCACUACCUUUUGCUUUAAGCGGAGACGACCGGCAAUUGAAGAAUCACAUUACCAUCGACGUCCCUGAUAGACAACGACCUAACGGACACUCCGUUUACGAUCGAACAAGAACAAACGACAUCGACUCCAAUGGACCUUCAUCAUCGAUGCAUCUCCGGAACAGAUCGCGCUCACGGACCUUUGCAAGCUUUCUUUCUAGGAAUAAGGAUGAAGAAGAAGAUCCCAUGCCCUAUCUCAGCUGGACACCCACGCUCGGACGCAAUUCCAACUUUGUUGAUUUGACCGAGGAGCAAAGAGAGGAGCUGGGCGGUAUCGAGUACCGAGCUUUGAAACUGCUGGCAGUCAUUCUCACCGUCUUCUACCUUGGCUGGCACAUUGUUGGCGUCAUUUCUCUGGCGCCAUGGAUCUCGCAUAGUCCCCAGUACAGGGCUGUUGUGGAGAAAGUUGGUAUUCACCCGACUUGGUGGGGCUUCUUCACCUCUGCUUCGCUCUUCAACGAUCUAGGAUUUACUCUCACUCCCGACUCAAUGGUUUCUUUCCAAUUGACGGUGUGGCCUUUGCUCAUCGGUACUUUCCUUAUCAUUAUCGGAAACACGGGAUUCCCUUGUAUGCUCCGAUUCACAAUCUGGAUCUACUCCAAGUUGGUACCCAAGGGUAGUGGUGUUUGGGAGGAACUUCGGUUCUUGCUUGACCACCCACGUCGAUGCUUCACGCUGCUGUUCCCCAGCCAGGCGAACUGGUGGCUUUUCUGGGUCCUGAUUAUCCUCAACGGCGUCGACCUUAUCUUCUUUAUCAUCCUUGAUCUCGACGACCCAACCGUUACAUCCCUCUCCGGCGGCCACCGCUUCCUCGCCGGUCUCUUCCAAGCCGCCUCGACCCGUACUGCCGGUUUCGCUGUGGUCAACAUCGCCGACCUGCACCCGGCCGUCCAAGUCAGCUACCUAAUCAUGAUGUACAUCUCCAUCUUCCCCAUCGCCAUGUCCAUCCGCCAAUCCAACGUUUACGAAGAAAAAUCCCUCGGUGUCUGGGCCGACAACGAACUCGACGACGCAAAAUCCAGCUACCUCUCGCACCAUCUCCGCCGCCAACUCUCCUUCGACCUGUGGUUUGUCUUCCUCGGCUUCUUCCUCAUCGCCAUCAUCGAAGGCACCCGCCUCGAAAACACAAACGAAUACGCCUUCAGCCUCUUCUCCGUCCUCUUCGAAAUCGUCUCUGCCUAUGGCACCGUCGGCCUCAGCCAGGGCUACCCAGGCACAAACGCCUCCUUCUCCGCUCAAUUCAAGCCCCUCUCCAAACUCAUCAUCAUCGCCAUGCAAAUCCGCGGCCGCCACCGUGGUCUCCCUUACGCCCUUGACCGCGCUAUCCUUCUCCCUUCGGAAACUCGCUACCAAAAGGAAAACGAAGAGGCGACCCGAAGGGCCCGUCGCGGUAGCAAUGCCGCCGAUAUGGGAUUGACCUAUAGCACCGAUCGUAUUACCCGCACCGGCACUAUGCUGAGUCGACGCAGUACCACGAGUGCGAAUGGUGACCGCGUCGUCACGGAAACUAGGCCUGAGCAGCUUAAGAGGAUUCUCAGUGGUGCUUUUACUGCGGGUCCGACGGGCUUGUAUAGAGAAAAGACGAACUAG